AUGAAAAAAGAUGAUAAUUUAAUUAAUUUUUUGGGAUGUUAUGGAAUAUCUCAAAAUCCGUCAACAAAAAAUUAUGUAAUUGUAAUGCAAUAUUUUGAAAGAAGUUCCUUAAACCGCAAUUUAGGUGACGUAGUGGUGAAAAAAUGGCAAGAAAAAUUGAAAAUGCUUAGCCAAAUUGCCAUGGAUUUAAAAACAAUUCACGAAGUUGGCUUAGUACAUAAGGAUUUGCAUUCAGGGAAUAUUCUUCAAGACGAAGAUCUCAAUUCUUACAUUUCUGAUAUGGGACUCUCUGGACCUCCCAAUACUAAAACGCCUACAAACACAAAAAAAAUAAAUAAGCAAAAGUUUAUGGCCAGCAUGAUGCAAUCAUCUACUGAAUCCGCAAUGCUGGAGACUUGGAAUUUUUCUAAACCUUCUAUGACCUUUUCGAUAUAUACUUGGUCAUGUUUAAAAUCUCAACUCAAAACGAACUCUCAUAAACUUUGUGGUUAUAAUAUUCGUGAAAAAGUUAUUAUUCUUAACGCCGCUAAAGCUUAUCGAGACGAACCUGAAUUUAAUUGGCAUCUAUCAAAAGAACCUGAAUUUGAUGAAUGGUCCUUGGAUAUUGUUAACGACUUAUCCAUGAAUCAGUAG